GCAGCGGUGGUUAAUACAUUUUCAUUGAAUAUAUCCAUGAAAGUUCAGAACGUUCUGUUUAUCGUGAAACUUGGAGUCCUCUUUGCUAUCAUCGCUACUGGAGUGGUAUGGUGCAUUAAAGCUCCGUACCUUCUCCGAAAGUUCACUUUCACCACCAACGCCUCAAUCGGGAGUGUUCUCCAAGCGUUUAUCGUCGCCAUGUACACUGGUUCCGGAAGUGGCAUGAUCAGCUGCAUGGCGGAAGAGAUGUCCAAGCCUUCCCGGAUAAUACCGAGAUCUCUCCUGGGCGGCAUCUUCGUGGUCACCGCUUUGCAGAUACUUACGAAUGCAGCUUACUUCGUCGUCCUGGACCACAAGUCGUUCACCGCAUCGAAGGCGACUGCCGUGACCUUCGGCAGCGUAACCUGGGGCCAAGCGGGCGAAUGGCUGGUGCCAGUCGCCGUCUGCGUCUGCACCUUUGGAACAAUGAGCGCCUCUUCUUUCAGCAGCAGCCGGCUAAUCAUGGCCGCCGCGCGCAAGGGACACUUACCGGCGCUGUUCUCCCUCAUCACUGCCCGCUCGUCUCUCCCGGUUAUAGCGGUAGCGUUUAAAACUUUCGCAGCCGUAGUGUUCACUGUCGUUGUAUCCGUCGGCUUGUUAGCCAAGAGCGCCAUGGUAAUAGCGUCGCUUAUCAACAUACUCGUCAUGUUCGCGCUACUCGGACUUCGAGUGACGAUGAAGGAACAUGUGAGGCCCAUAAGGGUGCCCACCCUUCUAGUUAUCACCUACAUAGCGAUCCUGUUGACCAUGGCACUGACUCCGUUUAUUGGAGGUGCUGGAACCCAACUGAUCCUACCGACGCUUGGGUUUAUUUUGCUUGGUGUUCCCGCCUACGCGCUUAUAAAAUUUUCAUACAAGUCUCGCCUCGCAGCGGCGUGUUACAAAUUUAUGCAGAAAUUAGUUCUCUGUGUACCUUGCGCCGAGGCUCUCAAGCAAAAUCAGAGUAUUCCUGCGGAGCUUUGACAGAGAAGGCAAAUUUGUUUCCACUUCCUGUAGCGCGGCAACAUUCCAGGCUGCUUUCUGCCCUAUGUUUUGGAGAGUGCCUUGUGAUGAAAUCUUUCAGAGGCCAAUUUACGCAUGUAAUUUUGUGCAUUAGACAAAAAAUUAUUCUUUGUUACUAAACAUCAAUAAUAACUGGUAGUCACCAGCGAAACACAAUAAAAUACCUUAUUUCCUUGGUGUACUUUGAUUCCUUUGGUUGAAAAUAAAAAUCACGGCAACUA